CCUCCCAGCUUGCUAUAUCCCUGUGCACACUACCAUUCAACAAGAGAACAUCAAUUGAAAAAAGUCUGAACACGAAGAAGAAGAAGAAGAAGAAGAAGAAGAAGAAGAAGAAGAAGAAGAAGAAGCACCACCUAGCUAGCUUUGCACACAUUUUUCAUUUCCAUUUUCCCUACUGAACGAGAAAAAAACCAUCUCAGAUGACUCAUCAAGUCCCUUUGGAAAAAUCCAUCAACCAAAAAACUCAAUCUCUUCCAACCCUACAAGAACCAGAGGAAAUCUCCAAGUCUAACAUCAAGUGCAUGGAGCAAGGCAGCACAUCACCAAAGAGGCAUGAAAAUGAUGGGUCAAGCAGUGAAGAAAUUGCAGUUUUGGAAGGCCAGGCUUCUGCUGCUGGGGAUGUUGUUGUUGUAGAUCACGAACCAAGUAAUGUGGCUGAUGAAGACAGUGGACGUGAGAGGUUGAAGAAGCAUAGGGUUGAGGUGGCUGGCCAGGUUUGGAUACCUGAUAUAUGGGGGCAGGAGGAGUUGCUUAAAGAUUGGAUGGAUUGUUCUGCUUUUGAUGCUUCUUUAUUCCCAAGUGGGAUUAUGUCUGCUCGUUCUGCUUUGAUUGAGGAGGGGAGGAGACAAAACUCAGCCAGAAUAAGAAUAGAAAACAGAUUGUUUGCUGUCAGCAAACAAACACCACCAAAAUAAAGGCAGAAAUCAAUCAUCUCUGAACGAUUGUUUGUCUGCUGCAACAGUGAGGAUGUUUUUUUAAAGUCCUCUUGGGGGCAUACACCCACCUGUGAAUGAAGAACAAAUUGGGCAUUUGGACACCGUUCGAGAAAUCGCCACAGCCAUUGGUUCAGUAUCGGCCAGUCAGCUUAGUUAGUUUAGUUAGUUUGACAACCACUAGGUCGUAAAAGCUUAAGCAACUAGAGAAUAGGCCGACAGUUCUAUAUACAGCUAACAGUGGACACUGCCUGACAAUGUAGUUUGUAAACGUGAUCAGAACACAUGUAAGCCAGACAUCGUAUUUUCGAACACAAUGUAAGAAUUCAUUGUUAACUGAGAGGAUAAUAAGGAAUCCGCCAUCAGAGAGGCGAGGAGGGAAAUAAGUUGAAAGAGAAAUGUCUGAAAGCAAAUCUUGUUAGCCAUCCU